AUGUUCCCGUGGCAAGCAUUCAAGCACUUUAGCUCCACGUUCAAUGCAAAGUAAUUGCAUGUCGCGCAGUCAGUUGUAGCGACAAAUUCCCGAGAAGCUAUUGAUUCAAUUUGCGCUGCCGCAAUAUUUGGCAACGCGAAGCUCGCAGUUUUGUGGAAAUCCAUUAGCCAGUUUCUAUUACAAUUCCCCCCCCCCCUAUGGACUCUGUGAUUUCGCUGUACGUCAUUGAGACUUAAUGCAGUUACACAUUGUUCCCAUCGAAAUCCGAGAGAUUCGGUUUCUGUUACUUACUCUGCGGCGGUUUCGCGUAAUAACAGUCGCAGCAGUUUAAUAGGCGUGGAAUGAUUCCGAUCAUUUUGUCAGAUAUUGCGCAACAGGUCAAUUCAUUUCCAUGAUACACAUAUCGAGUUUUAGUAUAAAAUACAAUCGUCGAAUAAGGUACGAAGAUUGGUCGUUUGUACAGAUUGAUGUUACCGAUACGUCUCUGUACGUAUAUUUAGCAGACGUUGCUGUAGUUGCACUUUGCAGUUGCAGUGUUUCGCUGAAAUUAGUGAAUUAUCUUCCAAUUUUAUUCCACUUCAAUAAGUUUGUCGAUCAUUUUUUAUUAAUCAUAUCAGUUUCUUCCUGCCAAUACGUUCAAUUAAUUCUCCCGAGUCAUUCAGUUUUCCUCGACACGUCAAAUAUCGAUGAAAAUUGCAAACGAGCAUGCCGCUUCUUUUCCUUUAAUUUUAUUUACCACGCUGCCCAACAAAGUGUUACCUGUACGUAUAUUUAGCAGACGUUGAUGUAGUUGCACGAAUUAUCCUUUUGUACACAUUCACGUUAUUUCCUUCCAUUUGAAUAAAUUCAUCGAUCACUUUUUCUUGAUCCUGAGAUCAUUUUUCCUCGACACGUGUUCAAAUAUUGGUGAAAAUGUUAUACAUUGCGUAACAUAUCGAUGCAAAAUUCCAAACGAGCUUCUUCUCUUUCUCAAACAAAAGUGCCAAAGAUUCUAAAUGGUCGUUGGUUUUUCUCUUUCAGGUCUGCCAACUACGCGAACUCGACGAAACAAUGCGAACUGUCGGACAUGGACCGGUUAACGGUAGCCGGGUCGAGCGCUUUCCAAUCUGCUAAAGGUUUCGACUAUCUGGAAAACCACUGCGUCGACGAGCCGGUGAAACUUUGCGAAUUUAAGAAACUAUCCGGCCGUAUCUUGAAAACUGUGGACUCCGUGUACCAGGAUGUUGGCAGCUCCGAGGAAUGCCGGGAGCUCUGCUUGAACUCGCCGUUCCGUUGCCAUUCUUACGACUACGGCGACACCGGCGACAUGGUAUGCCGUCUUAGCCAUCAUUCCAGAGCUACCCUGUCCGACAUCCAGGAGCCGUAUCUCGACGUGCCAGAAGGCUCGACCUACGAACUGAGCUCGUGCUACAACGUGACGAUCGAUUGUCGGGCCGGUGACAUGGUGACGAGAAUCCAAACGAGCAAAUUGUUCUACGGCAAGGUGUACGUGAAAGGCUCGCCGAAUUCGUGCGUGCAAGACGUGAAGGGGGCGCUGGAAUUCGAGCUGCGAAUGGCGUACGACGAUUUGGAGUGCAACAUCAGGCAACAGGGUUUGGGCCGCUACUUAAACGACGUGGUGAUCCAACACCACGACACCAUUGUCACCAGCUCGGAUCUCGGGCUGGCCGUCACCUGCCAGUACGAUCUCACCAACAAAACAGUAUCGAACGAAGUGGAUCUCGGCGUGCACGGUGACAUAACGCCCGCGUUGUCCGAGGAAGUGAUCGUCGACUCGCCGAACGUCGCCAUGAAGAUCACCGAUCGCAGCGGAAACGAAGCGAUCCCGUCGGCCGAAGUCGGCGAUCCGCUGGCGCUCAAGUUCGAGAUCCUCGACCCUAACAGCCCGUACGAGAUCUUCGUACGCGAGCUAGUGGCUAUGGACGGCGUGGACUCCAGCGAGAUAGUCUUAAUUGACUCGGAUGGCUGCCCCACCGAUCACGUCAUCAUGGGCCCGCUCUACAAGUCCGCUACCACCGGCAAG